GACGCGGGGGCGGGAGGGGUCUCCACGGCCGGGCCCACCUCCCCCAACAGCGGCUGGCCCGGCUCGAAAUCCCCAAGACCUGUAGUACCAUGGCUGCCUUAGCGUCCCGGGCAAAGACGAACUGGCCGAUGCGGUCCUUCUCCUCAGGCUGGAUCGAUCGCACCGCCAGCAGCCACUCGGCGCGGCUCGGCAGCCAAGUGCCGCAGGAAAAGGCCCAGCGCACGCCCUCCAUCGCUGGCACCAAGCAGGACCGCUUGGCGGGGAAAACCAUGCACUGAGAGAGACCUCACCGCCACCUCGAGCCUGAUGGCGCGGACGCUGGCGUGGCCCCACCCCCUCCUUCACGGCGUCGGCGCGGGGGGCGGGGCGACGCGUUGGGAUCACGUGAUCCAGAGGGCCUCGUUUCCCCGCCUACCAACCCCGCCUCCUCCUCCGGGAGCCCGCGACUGGGGGCGGGGACCCACCUCUGGAAUGCGGCACCGCGCGACGUCACGUGGGCGGGGCUCCGGAGGCGCGGAGGGUGGGACCAAGACCAGGCGCCCGAUUGUUACGCCAGUCACCUUGGAGACGCGCUGACGGGACAGCCGGACCAGCCAAUCGCGUUCUGGCCUCCGGAGGCAGGGACUCUGGGGUGGAGACUUCGGAGACUGCAGUUGCAGUUCUAAGAACAGAUGGAAUUUGCUAUGGAUAAUUCAUUUGAUCUUAAUCAACGAAGCUCAUGUAAUGGAAUUCCAUCUGAGAAGAAAAACAACUUCCUUGUGUCAGAAGAUCAUGGACAGAAAAUCCUAAGUGUACUACAGAAUUUUAGAGAACAAAAUGUCUUUUAUGAUUUUAAAAUAAUCAUGAAAGAUGAAACAAUCCCAUGCCAUCGUUGUGUAUUAGCAGCAUGCAGUGACUUUUUCAGGGCUAUGUUUGAAGUAAACAUGAAAGAAAGAGAUGGUGGAAGUGUUACCAUUACUAACUUGUCCUCCAAAGCAGUAAAAGCAUUUCUUGAUUAUGCCUACACUGGAAAAGCAAAGAUAACUGAUGAUAAUGUGGAAAUGUUCUUCCAGUUGUCAUCAUUUCUUCAAGUUUCCUUCCUAUCCAAAGCUUGCAGUGACUUUCUAAUAAAAAGUAUUAAUCUUGUCAAUUGCUUACAGUUAUUAUCUCUAUCAGAUAGCUAUGGCUCUCCCCGUUUGUUUGAUCAUGCAUUAUACUUUGUACAACAUCACUUUUCCUUAUUAUUUAAGUCUAGUGAUUUCUUAGAGAUGAACUUUGGAGUACUGCAAAAAUGUCUGGAAUCAGAUGAAUUAAAUGUUCCUGAAGAAGAAACUGUACUGAAAGUUGUCCUUAGUUGGACUAAACAUAAUUUAGAAUCAAGACAAAAGCAUCUGCCUCAUUUGAUUAAAAAAGUAAGGCUGCAUCAGUUACCUGAGGAGACACUUCAAGACUGUCUGCUCAGUGAAGAGGGUUUACUCAAAAGCACAGGCUGUUUUGACACCAUCAUGGAUGCGGUCCAGUGUGUGCAAGGUUCAGGUGGACUUUUCCCUGAUGCUCGACCCUCCACAACUGAAAAAUACAUAUUUGUUCACAAAACUGAGGAUAAUGGGGAGAAUCAAUAUACAUUUUGCUAUAAUAUUAAAAGUGAUUCGUGGAAGAUACUGCCACAAUCACACCUGAUUGACUUGCCAGGAUCUAGUCUGUCUAGUUACGGAGAGAAAAUGUUCUUGACAGGUGGCUGCAAAGGGGCAUGUUGUAGAACAGUGCGACUGCACAUUGCGGAAUUGUAUCAUGACGCCACUGAUCAAACCUGGUGCUACUGUCCCGUCAAAAAUGAUUUCUCCUUAGUGUCAACGAUGAAAACACCAAGAACCAUGCAUACGUCAGUUAUGGUUCUCAACAGACUCUUUGUCAUAGGUGGAAAGACGAGAGGAUCUCAGGAAAUUAAAAGUCUCUUAGAUGUUGAAUCUUACAACCCUCUUUCCAAAGAAUGGGUGUCUGUUAGCCCCUUACCCAGAGGUAUUUACUAUCCUGAAGCAAGCGCGUGCCAAAAUGUAAUUUAUGUCCUUGGCUCAGAGGUAGAGAUUACAGAUGCCUUCAACCCAUCUCUUGAUUGCUUUUUUAAAUACAAUGCUACAACUGAUCAGUGGUCUGAACUAGUAGCAGAGUUCGGGCAGUUUUUUCAUGCAACACUAAUUAAAGCUGUCCCGGUAAACUGCACACUGUAUAUAUGUGACCUUUCCACCUAUAAGGUUUAUAGUUUUUGUCCAGAUACUUGUGUUUGGAAGGGUGAAGGUUCCUUUGAAUGUGCAGGCUUUAAUGCAGGUGCAGUUGGAAUUGAGGAUAAAAUUUAUAUAUUAGGUGGUGAUUAUGCACCAGAUGAAAUCACAGAUGAAGUGCAGGUAUACCACAGCAGCAGAUCUGAGUGGGAAGAAGUUUCACCCAUGCCAAGAGCCUUAACUGAAUUUUACUGUCAAGUGAUUCAGUUUAAUAAAUACAGGGACCCAUGGUUUUCUAAUCAUUUCUAAAAGUAGUACGUGCUUACGCAUCCUAAAACUAUUUGAGUCUUAGAAACCUACAGUAAGUGUCAACCAUAAUUGUUGGUGAAAAGGUCUUUGCAUCUUAAAAUGUCCCUCUGCUAGUGAAUUACUAUGACUGUAAUGUACGCCACUUAUGAAUAAGGAGUUCCAAGAAACUUAAAAUGUAAAGUACAUUUUAAGAAAAAUUAUAUUGAAUAAUCUUGGAAAUUCAGAAUACUUAGUAUUUUCCUAUGUAAGCAAAACUCAUAUGCUUUGAUGUUUUCAUUUUUAAAGUACUUUAUCAAUGAAAGACUAGUAUAAGCAAAUCAAAGUUAACAGGGGAAAUUUCUUUAGUAAAAAUGAAUUAUUUAUACUCGAUUAUAUGAGGUGAAAAAUAAAUUAGAGGUGAGAAUUCUACCUUAUUACUACAGGUAUAAGAGUUAUUGAAUUCUUUCUGAUCUUUGUUAACUUCUUUUAAACCCUUUUUUCACCAUUUAUUUGAUCAUAAAUUUUUCUAAAAUGUGAUACAUUUCCCUAACCUAAAUUGCACUAAACAUGGUCCAACUAAGAUUCAGCUCUUCAUUAAGAGCAUAAGAUAUCAAGUUGCAAAGCCAUAAUGCCAUUGGUAAUUACUGACAUGAUGAUUCUACUAGUUCUCACUGUUGGUUUAUUUCAGUAUCUAGGAGUAUUGUAUUUCUCUUUAUAUUUUCUGGCUCAAGCUCAGUAAAUUAACACUCUUGAUUUCACUAGUAGUUCUAAGCUACACUUGACUUGAGUUUAUCUUAACAUGUAAGCUGUUGAGUGAAGUUUUUGUAUUCUGGGGUGGUAGUCCUAAAAUACCUUUCUGUCAUUACCUGUUUCCAAUAUAGUUGAGGAUGUAUGGAAAGUUGCCCCCUAGAUAGGUGGGUCAUUAAUGUCACAUUUCUCAAGCUUUUAAAUGUUCACAUUUGAGUUGCAGAAAGAAAUUUGGGGGGUUUAAAAUAAACUAGUACCCUAUCAAUAUUCAGUGAUGAUACAUACCAACUGUAAAGAACCAUGCUAGAUUACCACAUUAGUAAAUUAUUCAUAGUGAAUUCUUUUCUAAAUGUAAAAAUGUGACUGGGCUUUUGGUAUUGACAGUGGUCUUUGCAGCCUGCUUCUGUUUAGAUGUUUCAUCAACUUUAACCCAAAAUGAUAGAAUGUUAAUCAUUCAUGUUCUCAGCUAAGAUGAUUCUGCCUUAUAAGAUGAUAUAUUUCUUUAAUCAGUUUUAAAGAUAUAAACAUAGGUUUUUAAGGCCCCCGAUUUAUAUCUCAGGUAACGCAUAUAUUUGAUUUCUCUGGAAUGAAAUGUAGUUUCCCACAGUCUGCAGUAAGUGUUAAUCUGUUGUAUAUAUUCUUUAGAAGUGUGUUUUUACAUGGAAAUAUACCUAACUUUAGAAGUGUGUUUUUACAUGGACAUAGACCUUUAAUUCUAGCAUAUAGAUAUAUACAAUCAUAAAUUUCAAACAUAUUUUUCAAAAUAUUAAUAGAACAGAUAUUAGACUACAUUAUCAUGCAUUUUCCAAAUCAAGGACUUUCCCUACUCAGAUGAUAGUUGUUUAGAAUCAGUGGCCUUCCUUUCCACCUACCUUAAUUGGCUUUUCCCUUUUCUGUGUAUGUGUGUGUAAGAGAGACUUUGAAAACAAAUUAUUUGAGAAAAGCCAUAAUAGAAUGGGUGACCUAUAUGUGGAUUUUCUGAAUUGCUUAAGCAUAUGUAAAGUAUGUUAAAAGUAAAUAUUGUUUUAAUCACUGACUCUAGGAAUUGUUAAUCUCUUCCAGAAAGAAGAAACUAAAACAAAAUAGUGUCCCUUCCUCAUCUUAUUUCAUUAUUGUAUCAUCUCGAUUCCCACCUCUCAUUGGCCAUUGAUUUAUGGUAGUAUUUCUAGGAAUAUCCUUGUUUUCAAGGCCUGGGUGGCUCCCUCUACAUUUGAUCUAAUAGAGUUUCUAAUUCACAAGGUUUCCUGUCUUAAUUCUACAAUUGCUGCAAGUUACUUGUUAAUAUUUUUACUUAUUGCCAUCCCUUUACAUCCACAUCUGAGUGCUGUUCAUCAGUUACAACUGUGAGAAAAGUGCAGUCUAAUCAUUA